AUGCCUCCCAAACAGAAGAAAGCAUCCCGCGAGAAAAAGCAAAACCAGAAGGAUCACCAAAAGCAAACCUCUUCCGACUCUUCUUCUAUAACAUCCCCCACCAUUGCAACCACCAAUUACCGUGAAAUUCACCAGCUUGAGGUUGAAGCUCUGCGCUCAAUCUACGGCGACGAUUACCAAGAUGUCGAGACUCGACGUUCAGCAUGGCAGCAAUCCUCCGACUUGACCUUUAAACUCCACCUACGCGCUUCUUCAAAUCCGGACGUCUGUCUUGUACUCCUUGUCGAAUUGCCUGCCACCUACCCAAAGACCAUACCGAACCUUUCGUUAGAAAACCUCUCCGACUUUCGCGAUGGUGCCCAAUCGCGAAUCCAGGAAAUCAUUCGCAAUAAACCCAAAACCCUCCUCGGAAGUGAGAUGAUCUACGAGCUGGCAGUCUCAAUACAGGACGUUCUGGAAGAUGUUGCCCAAGCACGCGAGCAGGACAAGGAUCUCCCCAGCUUGGAGGAGGAACGCAUUGAACAGAAAGCCGCCGCCGUCCAGCGAGCCGAACUGGAAAAGCAAGAAGAAUUGCGCAAACAAGAAGCCGCCUCUGCAGAGGAAGAACGUGCUUUGCAAGAGAUGCUUCAAGAUAAAAUGCGACAACGGAAUAAGGCUCGGAUCUUGCGACGGAAGAGUCGAACUAGCGGCAUGGAUUCUAGCGAUAUUGGCGACCUCGUGGAAACCACCCCCGGCGCAAUCUCCUUUGACCCGCCAUUGGCUGUUAGUGACACCGAUGAGCAGCCCUUGGUCUUCCGUGCCGUCCAUGGGAAGACGUUGGUACAAGAUGACCAGGACAAGAAGACGUUUACGGUGCGACCUCUCGUUUCCGAAAGUCGGUGCCACGUUCCACUCCUUGUGCUGAAAGAGAUUUUCUUGGAAGAGAAAGCCUCUAAUACCCUUGCAUUUCGUGAACAGAUGCGGACUAGUGAGGACAAAUUGGAGGCUUUGAAGCGACUUCGACACCCCAACUUGAUUGAGUUUGUUGGUUUCAAGAUUAUUCGCCCCAUCACUCAGUUUAAUUCGCCAGACAACUCUUGGACAGUCUAUACUCUCUUAGAAUUUGCAAACAAAGGCUCGCUCUCAGAGCUACUUGACAUUGUGGGCACCGUUGCUGCCGAAACUCUUCGAGGUUGGAUGAUUCAACUUCUAGAGGCCUUGGAGUUUUAUCACCGCAGUGGAUUUGUUCAUGGGAACAUUCACUGUGGCCGUGUCAUGCUUUGUAGGACAGGUUCUGGAGGCACAAUUGUCAAACUACAAUCCAGCGUGGAGGAGGCUCUACCAGACGCUCCCGGUGGAAGACGCUCAUUGACCACGUCCAAAUCACCGCUCUGGCUGCCUCCGGAGUUGACCGAAGAUAUGCCACCGACCAUGAAGACUGAUGUCUGGGACCUUGGAAUCGUCCUUUUGCAGAUGGCAUUUGGCAAAGAUGUGCUUUUGAGAUACACAUCGGCCAACCAACUGAUGAUAUCGUUGGGACUAUCCCCACCGUUACAAGAUCUUCUGCAAGAGUUCUUCCGGCCGGACCCUAGGAAACGUCCGACGGCUUUCCAGCUUCAACCUUCAGAAUUCUUCCGAGUAGACGCACCUUUGACCAUGCGGGACAGGUCUUCCAAUUCGGUUUCUCUACAGAGGCGACCCCGUUUAGACUCUUUUGGUGCCAUGCCUAUCUUCUCGCGCUAUCACCAAGACUUCGAUGAAGCUGGUCACCUGGGACGAGGUGGAUUUGGUCAAGUUGUGAAGGCUCGUAAUAAGCUUGAUGGCCGUUUUUACGCCGUGAAAAAGAUUUCGCAGACAUCGACUAUGUCGCUGAAAGAUACACUUUCUGAAAUUAUGCUGCUAUCCCGUCUGAAUCAUCCCUAUGUUGUCAGAUAUUAUACUGCUUGGCUGGAGGAAGACUUCAAUCAUAUUGAGGAGGCUAUCUCCUCUACUGAAGGCGACCCAUAUGCUAGCCAGGAUCAUGGUGGAUUCAGUACCGGUGGCCUUGACUUCAUCAGCUCUAGUGGAUACCCGAAGAUUGAGUUCGCAGCAUCGGAAAGUGACGAUGAUAGUGAGGGGACGCUCUCCGAUCGUGGAUCAGGAGAGUAUACCCAUACAUUUGAUGAGACAGGAAGCGUAGAAGAUGCUGAGCCCAGUGGGACACGAUCCGGUUCCAAUGGAAGACCUGUUUUGACUACUCUGUACAUUCAGAUGGAGUACUGUGAGAAACAUACACUGCGUGAUUUAAUCAAGAACGGCCUAUACGACGAUAUCGAUAGCUCUUGGCGCCUCUUCCGGCAGAUUUUGGACGGCCUGAGCCACAUACAUAGCCAUGGAAUCAUCCAUCGCGAUCUCAAACCCGACAAUAUCUUCAUUGAUGUUGCCAACAACCCCCGAAUAGGUGAUUUUGGUCUUGCUACUAGCGGCCAGUUUAUGACUGCAGUACGUUCAUCAGCGGCGGCGGAUUUCGAAGGAAAUUUUACGCGCAGCCUGGGUACAACAUACUAUGUUGCCCCGGAGAUGAAGUCUGGCUUCUCGGGACACUAUAAUGAGAAGGUUGAUAUGUUCUCGCUAGGUGUCAUCUUCUUCGAAAUGUGCCACCCAUUGCCAACAGGCAUGGAGCGUGAUCAAACGCUGAGGCAGAUCCGAGAAUCGAACCAUGUCCUCCCGGUUACUUUCCAACAAUCGGAAAAAGUUGUUCAGGGUCAGAUCAUCGAAUCUCUUCUAAGCCAUACGCAGAGUGAGCGACCAACUGCGUCGGAGCUUCUUGCAAGUGGUAAGAUCCCCCUUCAAGUUGAAGAGGAGACCUUUAGAAGGGCUAUUGUACACUUGCUAUCGGAUCCAAAUUCCCCCGACUACAAGAAGAUUCUCUCUGCCAUCUUUUCGCAAUCCCCGAAAAAGUUCGAAGACAUUGCGUGGGAUAUGGACUCCCAUGGGGUACCAGCGGCAAAUGAGCUUCUUGUGCAGGGACUUGUAAAGAAGAAACUCACUUCUAUCUUUCGACGACAUGGGGCAGUGGAAUCAACGAGGCAGAUGUUGUUCCCGCGGUCUCAGCAUUACUCUGCCGGUGCAGUACGUCUGCUAGAUUCGUCAGGAAAUCUUCUUCAACUGCCCUUUGACCUCACAGUACCAAAUGCACGAGCGAUUCCUCGCCAGGAUCCAUCCCUCGAGAAAACAUUUGCCUUUGGUACGGUUUACAGAGAAUCAACUCAUGGCAGUGAGCCUCGCACGCACCGGGAGGUUGAUUUUGAUAUCGUGUCGUACAACACCUUAGAUCUAGCACUUAAGGAGGCUGAGGUGAUCAAGGUCCUGGACGAGAUUAUUGAAGAAUUUCCGCCACUUCGAUCAGCGAAUAUGUGCUUCCUUGUUAAUCACUCUGACCUUCUUCAGCUUAUCAUGGAGUUUUGUCGUAUGACGCCAUCCCAGAUCCCUCUCGCAAAGGAAGUCAUCAGCAAAUUGAAUGUCGGUAAAUGGACCAUGCAAAAGAUUCGAAGUGAGCUUCGGUCUCCAGCAAUCGGUGUUGCCUCGACUUCGUUGGAUGAUCUUGCUCGGUUUGAUUUCAGAGGCACCCCCAAAGAAACACUGCGCAAGAUGCAGGUUAUCAUGGAAGGGACUGAAUUUGCUGAGCGGCUACCACCAAUCUUCGCCCGGCUAAAUGUACUCAUGACAUAUCUGCAAUGCUUUGGCGUACAGCGCAGAGUCUUUAUCAACCCUCUGAGCAGUUUGCACGAUAAAUUCUACCGGGGUAGUAUCCUAUUCCAGUGCGUUUUCGACACCAAACGCCGUGAUGUCUUCGCUGCAGGCGGCCGCUAUGACCGCUUGAUCCAAGAAUUUGCUCCCAAAUCUCUGUCAAAUCGGCCCCAAUCACACGCGGUGGGAUUCAAUCUCAGCUCCGAUAAGCUGGGCUCGUCUAUGAGGGAGUAUCUCAAGUCAAAGGCCCCUCCGAAAGAUGCCGAGUCUGGCGCUGAACUGUAUUGGACGACUCGCAGGUGCGAUGUUCUCGUCGCAAGCUUUGACCCAACAGUUCUCCGAACCACAGCCGUGAAACUCAUCGAAGACCUCUGGGGAAAUGGUAUUAGCGCAGAACUUGCGGUCGACUCCUCUUCCAUUGAAGAGUUGAUUGCUAAAUACAAAGACAACAACCACCGCUGGAUCGUGAUCGCGAAACAAGAUAGCAAAGAACGUGGCUUCAAAGUGCGAAACCUCGUGCGCAAAGAAGAGUUUGACAUUCGCAACACCGAGCUUGUACCCUGGCUCCGAUCUGAGGUACAAGCGCGGCACCAGCGUGAAGGAGGCAAUGCAGAUGCCCGCCAAGCACGUCCUCCAGGACAGCAGGAUCCAUUCCUGACCAACGAAAGAGAGAGGGCAAACGACGUGCGCAUUCUUGUACCGCAACACCGAAGCAAAAAGACCAAUCGUCGAAACAUCGUCGAGUCCGCCCUCUUCAGCGCACGCGAGAUCGCCGAAAACGCAGCGAACGCCCCAGUCGUCGCUCUUGACACGCGCGACGACGUCCUCGAUUCCAUUCGCGACACCCGCCUAUCUGAUCCUGACAGCUGGCGCACCGUCAUCCAAAAUGCACCUCUAACAGAGCGGAAAUAUCUCGGCCAGGUGUACGAUCUCCUCGCUGAUUUAGCCUCUGAAAUCCGCGCCAGCGGUGGAGCGGACGGAUAUACAAAUGCUUUCAUUUAUAACUACCGCACCGGUUCGUGCGUGUACUAUGACCUCGGCCCUAUAAGCGACAGGUAA